AUCCUGGUGUGUCAGUAUUCUUCCGUUGGCACUAUUCUACCUAGCAUGGAUGACUGGUACAACUUGACACCCAUAUUCGACUGGAUUCACUGUUGCAUCAUCAGUGUCUCCUUGCAGUUCAUGAUUGCCUUACUGCCGCUGUUCAUUCAGGGUAUGCGUGAUUCUCUUGUCUUCAGUGGGGUGCAGUUUUGA